AUGGAUCUCGCCAGUCUUCUUUCUCACUCGGCUGUCAAGCCCAUCUAUACUCCCGUCGAGUCCAGCUACUAUAAGCGCUCAGCGCCUCUGUCGCCGCCAGCGGAGGAGCCCAAGGUCUCAUUGCCUUCUAUCUCAUCUCUCUUCGAAGGUGCCGAUGGUGCUCAGCAAGCAGCUAAGCGCCAACGUCUCUCACCAUCUCUCGGUGAGCGUCACAUCCGGGUCCAGCCCUAUGAGAUGCCCCCAACACCACCUCUGCGCCCCGGCUCUGGCUCCGGCCACGCGCACAGCCGCGCAUCACCCGUAGAGUCGCUUCACAAGGAAGCCCACCAUCUCCACCGCUCCUCCAUCUCCAGCAACGGCUCUAUCCACAUUGCCCGCACCACGCCAUAUGCCUCGCCAGCACCCAGCGUCUCUUCCUACACAUCCCCAAUCGACGCUCCCCAACAGCCAAUGUACUAUCCCCGCCCACCAACUGCAUCUUCCUUCCGGCCCUCAACACCGGCCCCAGCUCCCCAGAUGCCCACCGUCCAGGUCCAGGCCCACCAGCCGCAGCCCCAGUCUCACACCUCGGCUCUCAUCUCCCCGGUGACCCCGGCCUGGCAACACCACCACUACUUCCCACCCUCCACCUCGGCCCCAUACCAGCAGAACCAUGAUCGCUAUAUCUGCCGUACCUGCCACAAGGCCUUCUCGCGCCCUUCCUCGCUGCGCAUCCACUCCCACUCGCACACCGGCGAGAAGCCCUUCCGCUGCACACAUGCCGGCUGCGGAAAAGCUUUCUCUGUGCGCAGCAACAUGAAGCGCCAUGAGCGUGGAUGCCACUCUGGUCGUCCGGCUCCUCCUGCUGCUACUGCGCUUGUCGUAUGA